AUGAAGUAUACACAUCAAUGGAUAUUCGUCUUUCUAUCGAGCUCAGCUCUUUUGGCAACCGCCUUGCCAAUGGAAAUGGAUAUGGACAUGGGCACUAAUGUUAUUGACGAUGAUUCUGCUGCCGCCAAUACUACCCUUAUCCCAGUCCCCCACAAACCACAUAGUCAUCAUGGUGUUCCAAUUCUUGAAACCAAUUUACUUCCUGAGGAGAGGCUUUACUGGGAAUCGUAUAACACCACCACUUUUUUCAACCUUGAGAAUUCCAACAAGCCAGCGUUGCGCGCUCAUGUUUCUUUGCUCUUCAUGGCCAUCUACUUUUUGUAUCCAAUCUGUUUGGUCCUCAAUAAUGUAAAAAGUAAAUGGUAUUUGCAAGUAUUAACCCUCAAUUUAUCAACAGUGAUUGGUAGUUUGCUAUCCUUGGGAGUUUUCAGUAAUUCUGUGCCAGACAUGUAUCCUAAUAAUGCUUACACUAAAAUGAGCUACAUUUUGUUCGUAGCCUCUAUUGUCCAUUACGUUUCAGCAUUGAUGAAUUUUGGUUUCAAUUACUUGUCAUCUGAGUCUGACAAUUCCACCUUAGCCGCCCAGGACAAUACCAAGUUCAUUCCUUUGAAGAACUUUGGACACAGUAGGGGUUCAACAGCAUUGUCUCCUUCUCUGACUCUUUAUGAUUUCAAUAGUUCAAGCAGAAAUUCAAUUGACUUUUCUCAUAGAUUUUCGGCUUCUCAAGCAGAUGCUACUAAUAAUCAUUCUGUUCAUUUUUCUGAUGAUCCUGAGAGUGUUGCUUCCGAAGUCAAUGAUCAAGAAUCCCAUCAAUUAAUUGAUAAUCCAAAAGGCUUUUCUUUUCCAAGCGUCAAGUCAAACACAGACUCUAUUUUGCAUAAAAUAUUGCACAAUUCCAGAGUGCAAUCUGGCCUUGUCCGUUCUGCUUCUGUUUCUUCUUUCAUCUUUAAUCUUAUGAAUUAUCCUCUUUUUGGUUACUUGUUGAUUUAUGCAAUGACCGGCAUUACAGUUGGUAACAUGAUGGGUCAAGGCAGCAAGGUCUUUAACUUAUUGGCUCAUUUCAUUAAAGGCGGUGUUUUCUUUUUACUUGGUCUUGUUUCUUUGGCACGUUAUUGCGGUUGUUGGCAAUCUCUUGGGUUUGCUUGGAACCCAAUUGCCCUUGACUCAUCUAUUUCUAAAAGAUCUCAUCCAUCCUGGCUCAUCAAGUUUUCUCCAAUGCAAGGUUUGUUCACCAUGGAAUUUAUGGAAUCUUUCUUGAUUUUCUUUUAUGGUUCAACAAAUGUUUUCUUAGAGCAUUUAGCUAACCCUGGUGGAGAGUGGGCUGCAAAAGAUUUGCAACACGUUAGCAUUGCAUUUAUGUAUAUUGGUGGUGGCCUUUGUGGUUUGCUUACUGAAGUUGGCUUAUCUUCUUGGAGAUUACAAAAAGUCAAGCACCAAAGUACCGCAGAAUCAACUGUGUUUGGUACCCCUGGUUUUAGUCCAAAUCCUUUCCCUGCUUUUACCAUUUUCUGGACCGGUAUCUUGAUGUCUCAACACGCCCAAGCCUCUCCUGUUUCCACAAAUAUUCACGUUCAAUGGGGAUAUAUGCUUAGUUAUGGUGCUAUUAUUCGUUGUCUCACUUACUUGGUUUGUAUUUUUGCCCCAGUCCAAGCAGAUGCUCAGCCUGUCUCCAAAGAAAUCAUUGGAUUGAAGAUUUUCAGCUCGCUUAAGCCAUUCACUGAAUUGCUUGUUUCUAGUGCUUUACUUGCUGGCGGGAUGAUCUUUAUGGAAAGUACCGACCAGUGCGUAGAAGCUUUAGAAUGGAGAGGUUUGACCCCAAUGUUCACCUUGAAUGUUUCAGUUGGUGUCGUCGCUUUGAUAAUGGGGUGGGAAAUGGUGUUGUUGGGAUGGAGAAGUUGGUUGUUGAAACAGGGAAAUUGA